AUGACCAAGAAACUACAAAGCCAAACUCUGGAUGAUGGCAAGAGUAGAAAAAGGAUCCUCAAACCAGUUGUGGAAAAGAAGAGAAGAGAUCGAAUAAAUCAAAGUCUCACUGAGCUGCGAAGUUUGCUGUUGAAUUCAACAUCUGAUUCACGUCUGCAGAAUCCUAAAAUAGAGAAAGCUGAGAUUCUGGACUUGGCUGUGGAAUAUCUUAAGAAGUGGACAGACAGGAAGUACUUGAGUGAUGACUCCACUAGUCGAAUGAGGCCCUCUUUGGUACAACUCGGCUCGGCAGAGCCCAGUGUUCCUCCUUUCCUAGGCAUCGAGAGUGCAGGUUUCCAGCAGUGUGUGUCCCAGCUUGCCAGCUUCAUGCAGAAGAUAACGCCAACACAGCGAGCAGGCCUGAUCGAGGGACUAAAGCAUCACUUAGAGAGUUGGACGUUAAAACCAGACUUCAACCAGAACAUGACUGAGAUGCCCGAUGCUGUAACUGUAGACACCAUCAGCACAUCUGACAGCAGAGAAGGGUCUCCCUGGCUGCUUUUUCCAUCUCAUUCUCCCUUCCAGCCUCUCUCUUGCUCCACACCAUGCCACGACUAUCUGUCCCCCCCUUCCUCCCCCUGGUUCUCUCCUCCUUUCCCCACAUAUGCCACCUCUCCUCCUUUCCCGUCUUUUCCCUGUCACUUCUCCUUCCCCCCCAGUCUGUCUCCUCCAUCCUGUAACACCUCCUUCUUUAGCGUCUCACCAACACUUCCUCACACCAACCCUCUUGGCCUUCACAUCCCCCCACUCACAUCACUAAUACCCCCCUCAAACCUUGCACACAGGGAGGAGUCGGCACCGAACUCUUCCUCAGCCACAUGGAGGCCCUGGCUUUGA